AUGCCCUCGCUUGUAGCCUUUAACAGACAAUGGAACAUCGGCAGCGACGACUUCGUGUUCCCAGAAAUCACAGAAGCGAUCGUCAGAACGUCAUGGUAAGCCUUGUAACUUUGAAGAAAAAGAAACAUGUUUAUUUUUAGGGUGACUUUUGGAGUAUCCGUAUUCCUGUUUCACUUUCCGAUGUCAUGUUCCACCCACAAUCUUACUCUUCAGUUUCUGGGCCUUUUAGUUAUCAAUGUUAUCACAAUAUUGCUAGGUAAGUUUUUUAUUUCAGCUUUUCAAGUUUGGAGUUUGUUUCAGCCAUUUUGACAGCGCUUGUCUCAGCGAGAGGCACUAUCAUGGACUCACAGCCUAGAAGAUUGGUGCCGAAGCUCAUUUACAUCAGACUCCCGAUAUUUCUAGUCGAAAUCGCACUCACUAUUCUGUCCACCAUCCAUGCGUUUAGUGAGUCAUCAGAAAGUCGUUAAAUUACAAAAAUUGACAAUUUAGGGGCAACUAAUGGCGGCGAUAGCUGUAAUUUUGCGACGAUUGCUCGAGUAACCAUUAUUCUUGAAUGGUUUCUCAUCUUCACCGCCUCAAUCGGACUUAUUAUAGUCUUUCAUCUGACUGAAAAUGAUGUUGAAGACAGUGCAACUAUUGCUCAAAGGUCGUGGAGUAGAAGAAUGCGCAUUUUCAAGAUCGGUCAAGAUCAUUCGAUGAGAGCUGCCUUGGAUGAAGUUGCAAUUCUAAUCUCUUCAUUCUUUGUUGAUUCUGACCUGGUCCCCAGUGAUGUCCUCGCAGGACUCCUUCUCGCGUAUCAUUCACCUAACAAUCAGUAUCCUCCGAUUCAAGAAAAAGAAGCAAGUGAGUUGAAAUAACUAGUUUUCCAAUUACUGAACCACUAAUAGUUUUUUCCAGGUUCUCGACCUUCCUGGAUGAAUCUGAAAGACGCGGAAUACUUCCUGCAUCAUGCCACAUGCGUUUACGGAUGGCCGACCUAUAUUUUGUACAAUUUCCGCAUCGGUGCCAUCUACCGUCUAUUCAGGAAGCUUCAAUGCUGUGGGAGAAUGCGAUGCGCUCAGGUAAACGCCUAUUUUCAUUAAAACUACACUUCGUUAAAACAACAUUCUAUUCAACGCUGAUUCCGCUAACUUCUUCCACUCUAGUUGCUAUUUUGUAAUGUCUUUGUUUUUUCUGAAACGUGUAGCAUUCUGAUAACGUGACGAGAGCGAGGCAACAAAAGAAGCGAGACAUCGAGUUGGAGGAGAAGAGCCUUCCGGAUACCCUGGUUAGGUGCAGAAAGGUAGGGGUUUCUGGUGUGAAAUGUUUGCACGGCGCGGUUUGUACUAAUAAGUUGUGAAUAUUGUGCAGCUGCCUUCACUUUUUGUAGACGGACCCUUGAAAAUAGUUGUGACAAGCUGUGAACUUCUUACAGGGACAGUCGAUGGUCGUGGAGGACAACUGUUGUUACUGCAACACGGCGGCAGUAAUACUGACCAAUGAGGAGCGCAACAUGGACCUUCAGUUCAUGUCUUUCCGAAAUCGCGUCUACGAAACUCCAUUUGCAGUAAUUGCCGAUCAUGAUCGCAGAUCGAUUGUGAUAACAAUACGCGGAUCAUGCUCCUUGAUCGACCUUGUCACAGACCUGAGCCUUGAAGAUGAGCUUCUGACGGUGGACGUGGACCAGGAUGCGACAUUGCGAGAAGACGAAGAGAUCGAUAAGCGAGGGGAUGUACGAGUGCACAGAGGAAUGCUGAGAAGUGCCAGAUAUGUAUUUGAUUGUUUAAAGUGAGUGAAUGCAUUUGAUUCUAAUGGAAGUUUUCAUUUUCCAGCAAAAACAAAGUUUUGAACGACUUGUUCAUCAGCAAUCCGGACUAUCAGUUGGUCGUUUGCGGUCAUUCUUUAGGCGCAGGAGUCGGUUCCCUUCUGACGAUGCUUCUGAAGCAAGAAUACCCAUCCGUCAUCUGCUAUGCCUUUGCACCACCGGGAUGUGUUAUCAGCGAGUUUGGACAGGACGAAAUGGAGAAACACGUUAUGAGCGUAGUCUCCGGAGAUGAUAUCGUCUCGAGGAUGUCAUUCCAGUCGCUGCAUAGGCUCCGAGAGCGUAUCUUCAAUGAGCUCACUAUUUGCCAAAGAGCCAAGCACGAGAUUUUGAUUCGUGGUGUUUAUCAGCUAUUCUUUAAGUAUCCGUGGCAAGACGAAGGCCUCUCAGGCGUUCGGCGAGACGCUACCGAUUUGGAAUCGGCGCUUUUGACGCGUGGGAAUUCAUACGGUGGAGUGCAGCAGACGUUGGAACCAUCUGAUGCAACAACACGCUGUCUGUCGAUUCGCAGCCAAAGCCAAAGCCUGGCAAACCGAUUGCAACUCUACGUGCCAGGACGGAUAGUCUAUCUAUCCUCUCACGAGGGAACAACGUCUAAAACUUGGAUAGAUCCGAAGUAAGCAUUUCUAUAGCUUUAAAAGUGAACUAUAAUUUGUUAUUUCAGAUGCCUGAGUGAAAUUAAACUCUCAGUGUCGGUGCUCUCUGAUCACAUGCCUGCUGCGGUUCAAAAGUUCCUCAGCAGCGCCUCUUCAUUAUUCGAAGAAAUCAUCGUAACUAGUCAGCCGGUUUGACCAUCUACUAACAUAAACAUAACACUAACUUUUCCUCAAAUACAGGUAUACGGCAUUUUUUGUGAUAGAGCAUUCUGAAAAUACUAGUCAUAUUUCUGCAAAAUUAAAAACAACCUUCCUGUUAUCACAUUAUUUACUCGCACCCUCCCUUUUCUCGCGGCCGAAUGUCCUUGACGUUUGUCUUUUUUUACUUUUCUUCCUCUCUUCCAUUGAGUGAUAAGAACGUUUAUGUUUUCUUCUUGUCAGUAAUAAAUCCGUAUCACUUGUCGUUUGUUUUUCUUCAAAUCUAACACAAGUUACUGACUAACCCAUAUCUUGCAGAUGCUCAAUCCCGGGGAUCUGGUGUUUUUUGGGAGAAAUACCGCUUCUGAGUUUUGUGAAGCCGUUGAGAAAGUCGUCGCCAACAACGACUUUUUCCACGUGGCAAUCGUGUCUAACUUGGGAACCAUCAUUGAAGCCAGUACUGAUGGAGUUAGAGAAUAUCCCAAUCUCUGGAAAAGCAUAGCUGAAAACGAACCGUCAUACGUUGAAGUAGUUACUCCCCUGACGUCUGAAGAACGUAAAGACCAGGCUGCCGCGUGGUCCCGAACAAAGAUAGGAUUACCAUACAAUGACCUGUUUUCUUCUGAUCUUCUCAACUCCGAAGGGAGUGAAUCGUAUUAUUGUAGUCAGCUAAUCACGGAAGCGUUCAAAACUGACGAUAUGAAAUGGCCGAGUCAUUCUUUGAACUUUAAUAACGUGAAGGGCGAGUUGAUUGACUUCUGGAGAGAGUACUUUGAGAAGAGAGGACGUAAAGUGCCCCAAGGAGACGAGGGCUCUCAUCCGGCGCAGCUCAGAAGAAGUCCGGUUCUUUUGGUGCGUUUUGGGAAAGUCACGUCAUGACAAUUUUGUUUUCACUUGAAAAUAAUAUGACGCGUUGUUGCUCGCUAGCAAAAUAUCCCGAUAGUUUCUGAAUUCUAACUUCUACAGCCCAAAAUGCGCAUCUUGCCACAUCUGAUGAAUCUUAACGCUCUGAAAAAGGGACAAUUUCUGGAAGCUUCACACUUUGUCGGAGGAUCGCUUGUUGAAAUGCCGUCCGAUCGGAAAUUUGACGUCAUUGAACCCAGAAGCGGUAAAUUCUUGCAAGUUAUCCAGGAAAAGUGAUGAUAAUGAUUCAGGAAAGUCAAUAGCCACGUGGUACUACGCAACUAAGGAACAAGUUGAUCUAACCGUUACAGCGGCAAAGAAAGGACAAGAGGGCUGGGCCCAGAAAACGUGGAUCGAAAGAAGUGAAGUGCUGAGAAAGACCGCGGAGCUGCUCAAGAAUCACUGCAAUGACAUUGCACAUUGGGAGUGCGUCAGCAACGGAAAGCCAAUAUCUGAGGCAAAAGCAGACGUCCUUUCAUGUGUCGAUACAUUCUUAUUUUACUCAGGAAUCUGUAGGGUUGACCGAUAAUGAUAAUUAUUAUCAAAAGCAAAAAUUUGUUCAGCUCAUGAUCUCCUUGGUCGUCAUGUUCCUCUCGAUCAGAGUCGCUUCGCCUACACUCGUCGUAUUCCUGUUGGAGUCGUUGCUGCCAUUGGCGCCUGGAACUAUCCGAUUCAGACAUGCUCCUGGAAGACGGCUCCUGCUCUCGCUUGUGGAAACUCGGUCAUUUACAAACCAAGCCCUCUCUCGCCUGUAACUGCUUUGAUCCUCGCGGAAGUUCUGAAGACUGCCGGGCUCCCGGAUGGCGUGUUCAAUGUGAUUCAAGGAGAUGCGCAGACUGCUCAAGAUCUAAUUUUGCAUGACGAUGUGACGAAAGUAUCGUUUACUGGAAGUAUUCCGACAGGAAAAAAGAUCAUGAAGGCGUGUGCGGAACGCAAUAUAAAGCCAGUAACAUUGGAACUCGGAGGAAAGUCGUCAAUUAUCGUAUUCGAAGAUGCUGACGUGGAUACUGCCGUCUCUUGCGCAAUGAUGGCAAACUUUUAUAGCCAGGGACAAGUUUGCUCGAAUGCCUCAAAAGUGUUGGUGCACAGAAAGAUACUCGAGGAGUUCACCACGAAGUUGGUCGAUUCAACGAAGAAGAUGAAAGUUGGAGAUCCGUUGAAUGAUGACACAAAGGUUGGAGCUCAUAUUUCUGCGGAACAUCGGAACAAAGUGGAAGGAUACAUUAGUUGUCAGUUUUCCUUCUCAAUAAUCACUAGCCUCUGCAUUUUUUGGAAACUGAGUUACUGAAAAUUCAGUGUUUCAGCUGCGAUUGCCGAAGGAGCAACCAAAUUGUGUGGAGGAGAACGAGUGGUAGUUGAUGGACUCGAGGGCGGCUUCUACCUUUCCCCAUGCAUCCUCUCAGACAUCACUCGUAUAAUGACUGUUUAUCAGGAGGAGAUAUUUGGAUCUGUCCUUCUAAUCAUUCCAUUUGAAACCGAAGAAGAAGCCGUCAAGAUUGCCAAUGAUACCAAGAUGGGAUUGGCGGCUGGUUUGGUCACCAAAGACUUGGCACGAUCGUAUCGAGUUUCGGAGCGCUUGAAUGCUGGUAAUGUUUACGUAAACACGUACAAUGACGUUUGUAAGUUCUUCACCCCAUUGACUGAAGUAACUUUAUGAUCUUUGCAGCUCCGUUAGUCCCGUUUGGAGGACUCGGAGAGUCCGGAUUCGGUCGUGAAAAUGGCGUCGCAGCCCUCGAGCAUUACACUCAUCUAAAGUCGGUCUUCAUCAACACGGGAAACUGCCCGAACCCAUUUUAA